AUGAGUGCAGAUGAUAUCAUCUCCAGAGAAGAACAAGCUAAUGGAGAGGUUAGACAAGUUGAUGGGCGAUAUCCUAGCAUACAUCCUGAAAAAGAAUUGAUUCUCAAAAAGUACACUGUUGUGACCGAAACAUUUGAUAGUAUUGAUAUGAAGAUACAAUACAAUUUUGUUGAGUUCAAGGAUAUAGAAUCAAAGUUUGACAAAAAAGAAGAUUUCGAUGUCUUUGGAACUUUGGUACGAGUUGAAAAUAGUAAAAUGGUACCAAUGAAAACCACAUCGGGUGCACAUUCAAAAACAGUGAGAGACAUAACUAUCGUAAACAAAGAGAAUCAAUUUAUGGAAAUCAGUCUUUGGGAAGAUAUGGCCAUAAAUGAAGGAGAUAAGCUACAAAAAGUUUUAGAGCAAAAUCCAAUUAUUGUCAUCACAAAUGUCGCUGCAAAAAAGUUUUUAGGUGCUUUGCAAUUGCAAAGUACAGUGAGAUCCGUAUUACAAACUUCACCAGAAUGUCCAGAGAUUAAACAUAUGAAGCAAAGAUCCUAUGAAACUUAUGAUCCAUUAAGGAUAACAGCAUAAAAAAUGAUUCAAAAAAUGACAAAUGCAAAGGAAGUGACGUUGAAAGACCUUAAAGAAAAUCAGCAUAUGCUGGUGAAGGAAUCUUACUAUUGUUUUAUGGGAAUAGUUUAAGAGGUCGAAAAUAAAGCAUCAAUAUGGUAUAAUUCCUGUAAAACGUGCUCAACAUCAUGCCCAAAGAAUGCUGAAACUACAAUAUGCAAAAAAUGCAAUGAGGAGGUUGUUGAGACAACACCGAGGUAAAGACAAUAGUACAAACACAUAAAAAUUUUAUACAAAAAUACAUGUCAUUAAUAUUAAUAUUUUUAACGUACAAUUCCACGUUUAGAAUAACCUUAAAUGUCAUACAAGGAGAUUAUGAUGCAAAUAUUACAAUGUUCGAUGAGGUUGCAGCAGUAUAUGUAGGAUGCUCGGUGGAUGAGUAUAUUUCAUCAAUCAGUCACGUAAGUUUUAAUUUUUUUCGUCAAUAGUCGUUUGUCAAAAUAACAAGUACUAUCAAUUUUUAAGAAAUUUACUCAUGAUGAUAAUUUAAAUAUCUAAUUUCCCAGGAUGAAAACGAUUCUGCGUACUAUAGAGGUUUGGCCGCUCCAAAUUCAACAGAAAUACGGUUUAUGACUACUAUAAAGCAUGCAAAACUUGAUGAUAGGGGAAAGCUAAAUCUUAUAGCAAGUGCAAUCCAGAAGAUAGAAUGUGACCCGAUGAAUGCUGUAAUGAAGUCGAUGGUAACUUCAAUUGAAGAAACAAAAGAUCAUGAAGAAGAAAGGGAAGAAAUAGUUAAGAAGGCACCCAAGACAAAACAAAAAAAGGGAAAGAAAAAAAUAGGCAAGAAGGCCAUGUCAAAUGAAGUGGGAGAAAUCAAAACAACAACUAAAAAGACCAAGCAAACUGGAGCGGUGGAGUUACAAGUGCAGCCUCAUGAAGUGCAAGGAAGGGGAAAACGAAAAAUCACAAAAAAAAGUUCUUGAUGAUUAUAUUGACAUUACAAGCGAUGAAGAUGAAGAUGAUGAUGAUUGCACAUUGAAAAAGAUUAUCUCUGAAAACAAAAAUAAGAGAAAGAAAUUUUCUCCACCCAUCAAAGUCAAAGUAGAGAAGAUUUGAUGUGAAUAUAGAUUCACAUUUAAUAGUUUAGACUAAUUAGUAGUUGAUGUAUUUGCUUUUAC